UUCUUGUUCUUUCCAUCGACCGGCCUCUUCAUCGGGUCGUACGAGACGGGAGCCGCAUUGUCCCAAAAGAUCACAGAGAUGUCCGGUUCGACGGCUCUCAGCCAUUCCACAACUUCGUCCUUGCGGGUCAUUUCAUAAUGCGAGAUGAUGCAGAGGUCCACAUGGUAGCCCUUUUUGGUCAUGGAAGAGACACCUUGCUUUACGACUGGCACCAAAAGAUUUUUCAAUCGGUCAAAGCCCUGCAAUAUUAAUGGUCCCACAAGGAAGAAUGGUGCGUGACGCAACAGAAAAUUUUGACGUUCGUAUUUUAUUGUGUAUGUUUUGCGAUAGAGGUCGGCGCAUCGUGAGGUACAGAAUGACACAGCAUAGCACGGUGCAUAGAACAAUCAGUUGUCAGUUUUUCAGACAUCCCUGUAUUGCGUUGCGUUGCGUUGCAUUGAAUUGGGAUGCUUCCUUACCUUCGUAGUAGCUCUCGUUCCAACGUCAUACUCUGCGAGUGUCGUGAUUGUGUACAGUAUCCGCAGUGGCUCCUUUCGUGUUGUCUUCUGAUUCCCCCCCCCGUCGUUUUCCUUCUCGUCUUGCAACCUUCGCCGAACAAAAUUGCUGUUGCUGUCUCUGUUGUUGCUAUUCGACGAGCGCCCCCCGGCGGUGGGGGCAGCGAUAGCUUCCUCCGCUGCCACGCGAUAGCACAUCAAAACGAGGAAAACUUGGACCAGCCACAAGACGGAAGAUGCCACCCGAGACGGCGACGACGCCCGCAGACAGUGGUCUAUCCCACUGUUUUGUUUGAAACCUGCUCUUUGAGAUACACAGUCCAUGGUUGUUUCUGUUUCUGUUUCUGUUGAUGUAUGUGACUUGUCGCUUGUUCUUUGGUUCGAUGGCCGUGCUAAAACUUCUUGGCCGACCAAAUAGCUCUUUGAGCUUGUAAUUCGUGAGGCUAUCUCACCGCAGUUGUUCUUUUAUUUGGACAAGUUCUUUUUUGUUCCUCUGCAAAUGAAUGAAUUCCGUUGAAACCGGAAUCUGUGGUCCAGUCUUCAAUGCAGUUGUGUUUGGUUAUCGCUUACUGUACUGCUAUCAGCAACACACGACAAUAGAUCUAUUUCCGUAUGGUUUGAUCUUCUUGUUGAUGUGACAGCUUUUGUUCUGAACGACAGAGGAUGAACGCUUGCACCGCACUUGGAUAAAAUGAUUGUUCUUCGUAAUCAGCUUCGUAAUUCACGGCUCCGUAAAUAAUGACCAUCGCAAGAGUUUUUCCGAGGACAUGCAGUAGCAAAUCUGAAAAGUCAUCAAAUAGUAAAUUACAGUAAAUUCCAGUCGAAUAACGACUAUUUUGGUACUUUUUUUAUUCUAUUCGACUUCCAUGAUUAUCUCAAUUCGGAUCACGUGAACUGCUUGUUAGAUACUACGAGUACCAGUACUCGUACUAUUACGAUAGAUGCGCGGUGGAAUUGAUUUGUUUCGCACUUCGUACCAGGUACGGUACAAAGUAUGAUGAGUACUGAGUACGCAGUAUCGAAGGUAUGGAUGGCUUGUACAUAACGUACAUUAGUACGGACUUUCUGUUGUUGAGAUUUUUAGAGUCCAUGUGCACGUUAGGCACGGUACGAAUAAAAACCUGGGAGGUGGAGACACGUUAUGAUGUUUUGGUUUGCUGUUUGCUUGGUACGUAGUUCCGACUACAACAGACUUCGUGAAUAACGUCGGAGUCGCUCAAUGCACAGAAACGAGCACUUCGACGGAUCGCAUGUGCCUUCCAUUACGUCUUUUGCAACCCGGAAAAAGAAGCUCUAACGUUGCAUUACGUAUUCGUUCAUUUAUAGUUAGCAAAAUCAUGAGUAGUGUUUUUUUUUUAAAUUCUGAAAAUAUAUGCAGUAUUGCACUGCAUUGAUUUUCAUCUCAUGGAUUCAAUUACAUCUAUUUUUUCUUUCGCAACGAUCAUCUGCUGCAACACUUCUUCUCACGUCUAUCACAUGGCAAUAUUUCAUUGUACACUUUUCAUAACAUGUAGUGAAAAUGCACCGCACAUGUCAAUCUUUUCAAAUCAGAAACUAAUUAGAAGUUUCGCGUUUAAGGAGGUGUCGAAGGACUCUUGCUUGGAAAAGAUGUUUCGGUAGGUGAUUGACUGUCACGAUCGAUCUCUUCUGUGGGAUUUUCACUUUUUUGUGUGGAGGGUGCAGGACUAGGCUGUAAAGUGGAGACGGCAUCUGUUGGUCGAGCACUAGUUUCAGACUCAUCACCAAAGAUGCCAAAGGUCGGUUCAGAACUAGGUUCGGCUGAAGGCGCCAAUGUUUCAACUGUAGAAGGACUUGCAGAGGGUGUAACAGAAGGGUUCGUGCUUGGUUGUCCAGUUUGCCCUGGAGUAGGGACUGGGCUNGGCGCCAAUGUUUCAACUGUAGAAGGACUUGCAGAGGGUGUAACAGAAGGGUUCGUGCUUGGUUGUCCAGUUUGCCCUGGAGUAGGGACUGGGCUAGUUGAAGGUUCGACAGAUGGCGCCAAUGUUUCAACUGUAGAAGGACUUGCAGAGGGUGUAACAGAAGGGUUCGUGCUUGGUUGUCCAGUUUGCCCUGGCGUAGGGACUACACUAGUCGAAGGUUCGACAGAUUCCAAUGUACUUGGUUUCGAGCUGGGAGUUGAGCUAAGCAUAGAAGUAGGGAUGGAACUUGGCACUGAGCUUGGUUUCACCAAUGUCGAAGGAGCCACAGAAGGAUUACUGGAAGGCCUAUCACUAAGAGUUUCGGUGGGGAUUAAACUAGGCAUCGGUGAUGUAGGAGACUGCAGAGUAGGGCUGGAGCUCGGGAUUUCACUUGGAAUAUUCCUUGUCGGUUGUACGCUGGGCUGUACGCUGGGUGAUAUAGUGGGCUUUGGACUUGAGCUGGGCUCUGAAGUUGUUGGCUGAACCGAAGGAAAUAAGCUUGGGGCCAAAG